AUGAAUCACGAAUCAGGCGGAUCCGAUUUAGACCAACAGAUCGAGAAACUAAAACGGUGUGAAAUCAUUAGUGAGGCACAAGUGAAGGAACUCUGUCUGAAAGCACGGGAGAUCUUGGUCGAAGAAUCGAACGUACAAUGGAUCGACUCACCCGUCACAAUAUGUGGCGAUAUUCAUGGCCAGUUCAUGGAUCUCAAAGAACUUUUUCGGGUCGGUGGCUGGUGUCCCGAUACAAACUAUCUCUUUAUGGGUGAUUUUGUGGACCGGGGAUUUUAUUCAGUUGAAACGUUUCUACUCUUGCUAGCCUUCAAAGUGCGAUAUCCGGACCGAAUCACACUGAUCCGAGGAAACCAUGAAUCAAGACAGAUCACACAGGUCUAUGGGUUCUACGAUGAAUGUAUGCGGAAGUACGGCUCGACCUCUGUCUGGAGGUAUUGCUGUGAGGUCUUCGAUUAUCUUAGCUUGGCCGCAUUGGUCGAUGGGAGAGUAUUUUGUGUUCAUGGUGGUUUGAGUCCGAACGUUCAUCGCAUAGAUUCAAUUAAAUUGAUCGAUCGAAAACAGGAAGUUCCCCACGACGGUCCAAUGUGUGAUCUUCUUUGGUCAGAUCCAGAUGACAUCGAAGGGUGGGGAUUGAGUCCAAGGGGGGCAGGUUAUCUAUUCGGAGGAGAUAUUGCGAAAGCCUUCAGUCAUGAAAACGAUCUAGAUCUGAUCGCACGUGCCCAUCAGCUCGUGAUGGAGGGAUACAAACUGAUGUUCGAUGAUUCGAUCGUCACCGUCUGGAGUGCACCCAACUAUUGUUAUCGUUGUGGUAACGUAGCCUCGAUUCUUCAACUGGACGAACAUCUUCACUCGGUCUAUCAAGUAUUUGAAGCAGCUCCCCAGGAUCCAAGAGGCGUCCCGGCAAAAACAGCCAGUCUGAGCUACUUUCUAUAA